AUGCCAACGGUUAGCGUAGACAAAGCGCUGCUCUACGAAGGCCUCGGCCGCGAGUACACCACCGAGGAAUUUGAUGAGCUAUGCUUUCAGUUUGGUAUCGAGCUGGAUGAAGAUACGACCGAGCAGGUGAAGGGCACGGACGAACGCCCAACGCUGAAAAUCGAUAUCCCGGCGAACCGCUAUGACUUGCUGUGCUUUGAGGGAAUAUUGCGUGCGUUGCGCAUUUUCCUCGGUCAAAUGGAGCCUCCAAAAUAUUGCUUGACACACCCGGCAGAGAUGGCGACCAUGCAUGUGCGCGAGGAUACAAAGCGCAUCCGUCCCUACUUUGCCGGUGCAAUUCUGCGCAACAUUACCUUUACGCCAGCGAGCUAUGCGAAUUUUAUAGAUUUGCAGGAUAAGCUGCACCAAAACUUGGCUCGGCGUAGGACGCUUGUUUCUAUGGGUACGCACGAUUUGGAUACAAUUCAAGGGCCUUUUUCGUACGAAGCACUGCCGCCAAAGGAAAUUCGCUUUGCGCCUCUGAACCGCACGGAAGAGUACGAUGCAUCGCAGCUGAUGGAGUUGUACGAGUCGGAUCGUCAUCUUGCACGCUACUUGCACAUUAUCCGUGACAGUCCCGUGUAUCCGAUCAUCUACGACAGUCAACGGCGUGUGAUGUCAAUGCCGCCCAUCAUCAAUUCCAACCACUCCAAGAUCACCUUGGAGACCAAGAAUGUGUUCUUAGACGUCACUGCAUUGGAUAAGACAAAACUCGAUAUUGUGUUGAGCAUGCUGGUGACCAUGUUCUCCGAAUAUUGUGCAGAACCUUUUACUGUGGAGCCCGUGCGUGUAGUAUACGCUGACGGCACGGAAGUCGUCACUCCGAAUCUGGAUGCACGCUCAACAGAUGUGCAUGUGUCCUACGUAAACCGGUGCACUGGUCUGAAGCUUGAUAACGCACAAGUAGCACAAUUGCUGCAACGUAUGGGACAUUCCGCAGUCCCUGGCGCAACGCCCGACGAGGUGCAGGUGGGUGUGCCCGUAACGCGCCCCGAUAUUUUGCACGAAUGCGAUUUGAUGGAGGAUGUGGCUGUUGCGUACGGUUUCGAUAACUUGCCCAAGACAUUCCCCAAUACGAACACGGUCGGCGCUGCGCUUCCAAUCAACAAACUGAGCGAUAUUAUGCGGCACGAGUGUGCGUACGCGGGCUGGACAGAAGCGCUUCCUCUUAUCCUCUGCUCGCACGACGAGAAUUUUUCGUUCAUGAACCGCAAAGACGAUGGCAAGACGGCAAUUGUACUUGAGAACCCGAAAACUGCCGAGUACCAAGUGGUGCGCACUUCGCUGCUACCCGGUAUCCUGAAGACUAUCCGAGAAAACAAAAAGCAUGCAUUGCCAAUGCGAGUGUUUGAGGCUUCGGAUGUAGCAUUCAAAGACCCGGAGAUAAAAUCACGCAUGUCACGGAAUGAGCGUCAUAUGGGUGCGGUGUAUUGCAACAAAACGGCAGAUUUUGAAGUUGCGCACGGCCUGUUGGAUAAGCUGAUGCUGAUGUUGGGCGUGCCACACAUUGACAGUGCAUGGGAGGAGACGCGCGGCUACUAUAUCAAGGAAACGCAAGACUCGACGUACUUGCCUGGGCGCGCUGCAGACAUUUACUAUCGGAAUCUCUCGCACGGUGAGAAGAGUGGAUCUUCGGCGCUGGACACAGUUUCGAAGCUACUGAUUCCGCUGAGCGGCGACGUAAAGGUUGGUACACUGGGAGUACUCCACCCCAACGUGUUGCACCACUUUGACAUUGGAUUCCCUUGUUCUGCACUCGAAUUUAAUUUAGAAGCAUUUUUGUAG